AUGUCCUCUGCCUCGUCGCGCAAACGGCGCAUACAUGAUGUAUAUGCUGAGGAUAUUGAUAUGGAUGACGCUGUUGCGAGGCCACCCACCUCCAAUCUCCCACUAGUCGGCUCUAACGGACGCAACGGGUCUGCCGCGAGUCCAGUCGAUGAUAGCUGCCCGAGUAGCAUUGGACGUGAUGCUCCUAGGGAGCUGCUGCAGCCUGUACCUGCGCCUUGGAGGGGAGAGCGUGCGGCGCGCGGGAUCGAUUUCCGAGGACAUUCCAGUUUAAAGAACUUUCUAAAUGCACCUCUCCCUGCUACGGGGCCAUCGCAGAACUCCAACAACGCGGCCGCGGGUUCCAAAUCGCAGCAGCGUCCUGAAUACGACAGUCUAUGGUCGGAGGAUACGGCGAUCCCUCUCUCUCCGCAGGACUUCUUCAUCCUGACCACGAGGAAGCUUGCGUGGAAGAUGAAGAGGCCACCGCAGCCUUUGGUCAAUCCCUCGGCCGCCUCGACAGGACGCGCACAGCCGCAGCCAGCGCGUCCGGCACCUGCGGGCGAGCAGGCUUCUGACCCGGGCAACGCACAUCGCCAUGUGACUUCCCAAGGAGAUCCAAAUGUCGCAACAAGCAUCGCCGCCAAUGCGUCUUCGUCUCGUACGGGGGAACCACUGGGCUCUUCUCGCCCAUCCGACACACCGCAUGUUCCUGUGUCUCAGGCGGCCGCGGAUAGCCAGUCGCAGCAGCAUACAGUCAGUCAUGACGGGGCAUGUCAUACCGGCACCGCUGUCACGCCCCAGGAGUUCUGCGGACAGACUGGGACAAACCUUGCGCGGCCGAUGAACAUGACGCCAAACACUGUUGACAGUUCUGUAGUGGCCUCAGGGCAUGCUUCCACGAACGCGCCUUCCACCGAUACGGGCGAAUCACACGGAUCCUCUUCCUAUCAAUUUGGCACACCGCGUACUGCCGAAUCUCAGAUCAGUGUCAGUAAGAACAAUGUACACACAAUGCAGGCGACCACAUCUGCACAAGGCGCAACUACGCAGAUCGGGGCCAGUCAAGCCCUCCAGCGAUCUGCCACCAAUACAUCGCCUCAGGCCCAAGGCUUGUCCAACAUACCAACAGAAGCGCUUGCCACCAUGGCUCGCUCUGCCACUGCAUCCGCCGUUCAGGGCUAUGCCACUCACGGCGCCGCCGAACCAGAAUCGCAGGUCACACAGGGAUCAACAGCCAAGGUGGAUGACGCCGUCGUGCCACACCCAGCCGUCGCACGGCUUGUCAAGCCCCCGAAAGUCGCGAAGAAGGUCCCAGAGAUGGAACACACCGCGUUCGGCGCACUUCUGCGAAGCUGUUCGUCAACCGACCUUGGAGAGGCUGAGGAGGCCGUGACGAAACUCAAGGAGAUCGCGAAGGGCGAAGCGGGCGCGGCGCGGGUGUAUGCGCUCACCAAGCAGAUGGUCGCCAGUCGCCACUCGGAGUUCGUGCGACGCAUACAGGCGGAGGGCGUCGAGCUCUUGGAGGCCGAGCUCUUCCUCAGGUGGUUCACGGAUUGCCUCGAUCUAGUGAGCCUCAUGACCAGUGUGCUGUGGCCCAACUCCUCAUUAGCAAAGGGGAUGGCUAGGAUCGCGUUUGCGUUCGCAUCCGCGCUGUUCCAUCUGCAGAAGGACGGCGGCAUCUUCGACGUGACCUGGCAGCUUCUCCCAUCCUCGUCCUCAUCCACCGACAGUGCUCCGAAGAACAUCACAAAGCCCAAGACACCCGCGGACGAUAGCCGCGUGCUCGACGCCGCGGCCGACAUGAAAACGAUCAUGGCCCGCUUCGACAAGGACCUCGCGACCGUCAUCCACCGGUACAAGGCGGAGAACCGCGGGAAGGGCGUGACGAUGCGCGCGUGCGAGAAGCGGCUGAGUGCGGCUGUGGUCGCGUUGGCGGCCAGGACGGCGAUAGGUGAGUUUGAGAGCUGCGCAGGGUGGAUGCAAAUCAGCGAGCGGGCGCUGGCGCAUUGGGCGCGGAUGAUGGCUAGCAAGGCGCCGUGA